CAAGAUCACGUGCGCACUCCGCUGACGGGGUGAGAAAUCCCUUACGCUCAUCGAACGGUGUCGGCAACAUUGUCCCAAAGGGAAGGGCGUUCCCGCAAAUAACAAUCCCUCAUCCCGGCCGUCCUCGCUCUCUCCGUCUUUUCCGAUGGAGACGCCGUCGCAUCUGCUGAGGCUGGUUCUCAGCUGCCGGAAGAUAACGGCGCAGGUGACAUUCCCGGGGACGGAGACGAUCGUGGCGAUGGCGUCGUCCGGCGAGCAAGAGUUCGUGGCCCAGCAGCGCGCCCGCCUCGGCCGCUUCCCCCGCUCCCGCAGCGAGUGGGACGCCCGCGUCGCCGCCCGUGUCGGCGAGAAGCUCGGCCUCCGCCUUAAGGAGGUCGGCGUCUCAGCCGUCCAGAUCGACCUGGCCGAGGAGCUCUCCCGCCCGCCCCACUACCGUCGCCCCCUCGCCUCCCUUUUCGGUUCCAUUCAGCGCGCCGGCGUCCACGUCGCCGAUGCCGAGAAAUUGCAGUGGCCACGAUGAUGGUGCACUCACAUCGCAAACUUCUUGUUCGUUCUCUUCCCUUCUCUCUAUAUCGAGUAGGGUUAAGAUUAGGGAUUGGGAAUUGGGAUUCCACCGGUGUGUCCGGUUCUGUGCUUUCUUUUUUUUCUUUGUCAAUUUUGUUAUAUACAUCAAGUGAUCGACUAUAGAGACCGAUUCUGAAGCGAUGAUAAAUUUCGAACGUUUACAAUGAAAUUUCUGAAAAUGUUAAUCUCUUUUUA